AAAAAAAAGAAUAGAAAUAUAGAAAUAAAAACGUGUAAAACCCUAGCUGAGGAAUUAAACCCUAAUAUUUAGGAAAUUAUCAAAUGGCAAAACAGGGCUCAAAAUUUCCCUAAAACAAUAUUCUAAAAAAUCCCCAUUUUUUCUCCGUUGUUUUUUUUCUUAACCUUACGAAAGCUUGUUUGGUGAUAAACCCCUUUAUCAGAAUCGGUAGAAAGGUUUGUAGGUUGUCUGAAAUGAUUGCCCAUUUGGAAAUGUUUGUUGUUUUGUCUCCUGUUGUCUAUGAGAAAUCCAAUUUUGUUCAGAAUCAAUGUUCUGUUUCACUCGGUGUUAGGUACUUUAGAAGUUCUGGAAUUGUCUUUAAACCAAAAGCAUCUAUGGCCGAAUCCGUACAAUCAUCAAGUUCUCGUUUUGCUAGCCGUUUCUCACGGGCGGCUAAAACUGAGGCUCAGGUUGUGCUAUUUGAUUACUUGCAUUCUACUAGGAACUUUAGCUUCAUGGAUGCUGAGCAUAUUAGCAAGAACUCGCCUCGUUUUCUUCAAAGUUUGUUGUUCAAGAUUGAUCCCGAGAAAGAUGUGGCAAAGUCUUUAACUAAAUUCCUUAGAUACAAUCCUAUUAAUGAGUUUGAGCCAUUUUUUGAGAGUUUGGGUUUGAGCUCUUCGGAGUUGGCCUCUCUUGUUCCACAACGCUUGAUUUUUCUAAGCGAUGAUAGUGUCAUGCUUGAUAAUUUUCAUGUUUUACGUGAUUAUGGUAUUCCUCUUAGUAAGAUGGGUAAAAUGUACAAGGAGGCGAGGGAGAUUUUUGGAUAUGAUUAUGGGGUGUUGGCUUUGGAACUUCAGGUUUAUGAGAAUUUGGGUCUCAGCAAACCAACAGUUAUAAAGCUUGUUAGUUGUUGCCCAUCUCUUUUGGUUGGUGGUGUUGAUUCUGAAUUUGCUGGGUUUCUUGAGAGAAUUAAAGUAUUAGGAAUCAAGAAUGAUGAGAUUGGAGGGUACCUUUCAGUUAAGGGCAUGUAUGAUUGGGGCAGAAUGCUGGACACACUGAAUUUUCUUGAUAGAAUAGGUUAUACCAAGGAGCAGUUAGGUGAUUUAUUUAAAACAAAUCCUGCGGUGUUGUUUCAAGGUUCAGGGAAGAAGGUUUAUGUACUGUUUGGUCGCUUACUCAAAUUAGGUCUCAAGAUGAAUGAGGUUUAUUCCUUGUUUAUGCAGAAUCCACAUAUCUUGUCAGUUAAAUGCACCAAAAAUCUUUGCAAGGCAUUGGAUUUCUUGUUUGACAUUUCAAUGGGAAUAGAAGAUAUCGUACACAUUGUAUCCACACAUAUGGAACUAAUGGGUUCAUGUUCUCUGAAAGGCCCUAAAACAGUUUGUAGGGAGUUAAAUGUAAAGAAAGAUGAAUUAUGCCAAAUUAUAAAGGAAGAUCCACUGAAAUGGUUCAGUGUGGCUUCCAAAUCAGGGUUCCAAAGCAGUGUGCAGGUAGCUUCAACAGACCCUAGUAACUAUCUUGAGAAAACAGCAUUCUUAUUGAGGUUGGGUUAUCUGGAAAACUCAGAUGAGAUGUUGAAAGCAUUGAAGCAGUUCCGAGGCAGAGGGGAUCAAUUGCAGGAGAGGUUUGAUUGCCUGGUAAAUGCUGGUUUAGACUGCAAUGAUGUCAAAAACCUAAUUAGACAUGCUCCGAUGGUGCUUAACCAGUCAAGGGAUGUAAUUGAGAAGAAGAUCGAUUGCUUAAAGAACUGGUUAGGCUAUCCACUUGAAUCUGUUGUGGCAUUUCCAGCAUAUUUAUGUUAUGAUAUGGAAAGAAUUAAUCACAGAUUUUCUAUGUAUGUGUGGCUAAGGGAGAGAGGAGCAGCCAAGGCCAUGUUGUCCUUGAGCACUAUCCUUGCCUGUUCAGAUGCACGAUUUGUCAAAUAUUUUGUAAAAGUCCAUCCUGAAGGUCCAACCAAAUGGGAGGGCAUAAAGAAAUCAUUACAUUCAAUUUAAGUUAAUUCCAUUCA